CGAAAUCAGAAAAAGAAAAAAGAUGAUGACGAUGAAGAAAUUGGAGGGCCAAAGGAAGAGCUUAUUCCUGAUAAAUUGGCAAAGGUUGAAGCACCUUUGGAGGAAGCGAUUAAGUUUUUAACUCCGUUGAAGAAUUUGGUGAAGAACAAAAUAGAAACCCAUCUUUUUGCCUUUGAAAUUUACUUCAGGAAAGAAAAAUUUCUUCUUAUGCUACAAUCUGUGAAGAGAGCAUUUGCUAUUGAUCCUAAUCAUCCAUGGCUUCAUGAGUGUAAGAUACAUCUCUUCAGCAGUGUUUCUGAAAGUAAAGAUCUACAAGAAACGGUCAGGACAGUGUUGAAUCAAGAAAUGAACCGACUUUUUGGGGCAACUAAUCCAAAGAACGUCAAUGAAACUUUCCUUAAACAGCACUAUAAUUCUCUACCACAUAGAUUGUCUGGUAUGUACUUUACUCUGUAUUUAAAUUGGCUUUAGGAUUUUUAGAAUGAU